AUGGCGGCGGCGGCUGCGGUGUCGGAGGCCUGGCCCGAGCUGGAUCUGGCUGAGCGGGAGCGGCGGCGGGAGCUGCUGCUGACCGGGCCCGGACUGGAGGAGCGGGUGCGCGCGGCGGGCGGGCGGCUACCGCCGCGGCUCUUCACCCUACCGCUGCUGCAUUACCUGGAGGUGAGCGGCUGCGGGAGCCUGCGCGAGCCGGGCCCAGGCCUGGCUCAAGGCCUCCCGCAGCUGCACAGCCUCGUGCUGCGGCGCAACGCGCUGGGGCCCGGCCUGAGUCCCGAGCUCGGUCCGCUGCCCGCGCUGCGUGUGCUCGACCUGUCGGGCAACGCGCUGGAGGCGCUGCCGCCGGGCCAGGGCCUAGGCCCCGCCGAGCCGCCGGGCCUCCCGCAGCUGCAGAGCCUCAACCUUAGCGGCAACCGGCUGCGCGAGCUGCCGGCCGACCUGGCGCGCUGCGCGCCGCGGCUGCAGACCCUCAACCUCACCGGCAACCGCCUGGACGCCUUCCCCGCCGCGCUUUUCCUCCCCGGCGCGCUGCCGUUGCUCAGCGAACUGGCGGCGGCCGACAACUGCCUCCGGGAGCUCAGCCCUGACAUCGCCCACCUGGCGUCGCUCAAGACGCUGGACCUGUCCAACAACCAGCUGAGCGAGAUCCCAGCAGAGCUGGCUGACUGCCCAAAGCUCAAGGACAUCAACUUCCGGGGGAACAGGCUGCGAGACAAGCGCCUGGAGAAGAUGGUCAGCGGCUGCCAGACCAGGUCCAUCCUGGAGUACCUGCGUGCUGGGGGCCGUGGCAGGUGUCGGGGCAAGGCCGAGGGCCCCGACAAGGAGGAGGGUCGGCGGAAGAGGCGGGAGCGGAAGAAGAGGGAGAGCGGCGAGGGUGCGGACGCAGUAGUGGACGAGGCCAGCCGGCUGCUGCUCCGCGUCCUGCACGUGUCAGAGAACCCCACCCUGCUGACCAUCCGGGCAAGCCCCGAGGUCAGGGAUGUACGGCCGUUCUUCGUGGGCGCUGUCGUGCGGGGCAUGGAUCUGCGGCCUGGGAACGCGCUUAAGCGGUUCCUGUCCUGCCAGACAAAGCUGCACGAGGACCUCUGUGAGAAGAGGACGGUGGCCACCAUCGCAACCCACGACCUCGGAGCUGUCCGGGGGCCCCUGCUCUAUACUGCCCGCCCGCCACAGGACUUCAAGAUCAUCCCCCUGGGGCGCCGGGAGGUCAAGGCCAAGGACCUGGUGCGACAGCUGCAGCUGGAGGCCGAGGAGCACAGGAAGCAGAAAAAGCGGCAGAACGUGUCGGGCCUGCACAGGUACCUGCACUUGCUGGACGGGAAGGAGCACUACCCCUGCCUCGUGGAUGCAGAUGGCGACGUGAUCUCCUUCCCCCCGGUCACGAACAGCGAGAAGACCAAGAUUAAGAAAACCACAAGUGAUCUGUUCCUGGAAGUGACGAGCGCCUCCAGCCUGCAGAUUUGCAAGGAUAUCAUGGACGCACUCAUCCUGAAAAUGGCAGAAAUCAACAAGUACAUUCUGGAAAACAGAGAGGAAGGCUCCCUCUCGGACCCCGAGUCUGACGCCGUCUCUGGACACGGCUUGGAUCCCAAGGCGACUCCUGGUGCUGAAGUGGCAGGGGGCACCCCGCUGGUGGUGGAGCAGGUCCGGGUAGUGGACGAGGAGGGGCACCUGAAGGUGGUGUACCCGUCCAAGACAGACUUGGACUUCGCCGCUGCCCACGUGACCGUGCUGCGCUGACAGCCAGGCUGCCACCCGAGGCUCCCGGGUUGCGCCAUCCGCCACGCCACUCCUCAGGGCUUCCGUGGGGUGAUUAAACAGUUCUUCACCUCAGUGUUUUUAGGAUAUAUGCACCCUCUGUUCAGUUCUCCAUCCGCCUGCCGUGGGGGGAGGCCACUGUGUUGUGUGCUCAAGUCACUCCACCUUCACAGCCAGAGUGUGCCAGUGGUCUUUAUGAAGUCACUCAAAUGUUGGAAUUAACUGCUCACAGGGUUCUGCAGUCAUGUAGACACACAGCAAAUCACUGUAUUCAGGGGGAAAAAGACACCAUAAUUGGUGUGAAUGUUCAGCUCUAGGUUGAGAAGCUGAACCAUGUGUGUUUUACUGAACUGCACAGUUAUUUUUCUACAAUUGGGGUCUUUUAAAGUCCUCUGGUGCCAGCACUGCAGCUUAGAGACAAGGAACGACGUCAGGGUCUCCAGGUGCCAUAAACCAUCAUCUUUUUAUAAGAACAUUUUUUUAAUGUGACCUUAGAAUUGGUCAAAUCAUUUUUCUUACUAGUGCUGCUGAAUGGUUUCGGGGUGGGCUGCAGAGCCUGCGGGGGGUGACAGCCCACCCCACCCACUGCACUGGCCAGACCCGGGAACAGGGGGCACUCACUCUUUUGUAAACCAGCACCACCAGGGGUCAUGCCUGAGUCUGGAGGACAGUAUGCAGGUUUCCCACCACAAAACAGGCUUCCGGCGUGGACAGGAUGGUCAGCCGUGGUCAGCUCAAACCAGGACGAGCUGAUGGUACCUGGAGGAGACGUGAGGAGUCUGACAGCUGGCACCACAGGACAUGUGCCCUGAGAGGCUCAGCAGCAUCCAGCCUUCUAGGUGAUUUCAGCUCCAGGCCGGCAGUUCCCAGGCUUCACUGCUCCAAGAGCAGCCAGGACGGCACAGUGGGACCCGCCAGCUUCCCCAUUGUGAAGUGACACUGUGGCUUCUCUGCUGUUUGACCUGUGAAGGACAGUUAGUGUGUUCUAUCAGAAUGACAGUUUGGGGGAGGCAUUAGCGAGAGCCCCACCAGACCCCAGUGUGCAGCUGUCAGCAGCAGAGGCCCACACCCCACGCACAUGGCCUGCUGCACAGCCACGUGGGUUUCCCAGGGCCCGCCAGCCCACCUGGAAGGAUGUGGCAGGGCUGCCCUGACACCCGACCCAGCUCUGCAGUCACCAGCAUGACUGCCGGUCAUCAGCCCUGGAGUGGCCACACUUGGCCAGGCAGAAGAGGGCGCCCGUGACAGUGUUCCCCAGACCUACCGGACAUCUGCAUCGUGCCUCCACGUUGUCACUCUGUGACCCUCUGGCUGUCAAGGCCGCUGAUGCCGUGGCUGGGAUGGGCGCGGACAUCACAGCAAAGCCCUGCAGGGAGCUCUAGGCUGGGGCAACAGCCAAGCUGCUCCCUUGGCUCCCAGCUGGCUUCAGCAGCCACAUGUCAUCAGAUCUCCCCUGAUGGUGGGGAGGCUGCCAGCCCGCCACUUUUUUCUGGGGCAGCUUGAUUGCGUGUGAGGCUUGGAAACAUAUUUAAUGUACAGCAGGAAAACUCUCUGAUGUUUUUGUCAGUCCAGUCCUCUAAUAAAAAAUGUUCAAUAAGAA